UCUUCUUACUUUUAGUAUUUCUGCAUGCUAAACAAAGUCCACACCUGAAGAAACCUUUUUGUUUGGUUCAACACUAACACAAGUUGAAAUGGAGGAAGAUAUGCAUAAACUCCUGCAUGAUAUUUCUAACCAACUAGGUUCUGAAGAGUUGGCUCACAUGAUUUUUCUUUGUGGACCCGAUAUAACAUUCAAUGAAAAAGAGACAAUUAAGAAUAAGCUACAACUCUUCAAAUGUUUGGAACAAAAAGAACUAAUACGUGAGUCAGACUUGUCCUAUUUAAAAGAGCUUUUUUACCAUAUUACAAGAAUGGACAUUCUCAAAGUUCUAAAAACUACAAAAAAUGAUAUGGACACAUAUUUACACAACAAUUCUCCUCGAAUAUCUCCAUACAGGUCUCUACUGUACACCAUUUCACAACAAACAACCCAGGAAAAUGUUGAGUCAGCAAAGUUCUUGCUGGAAAAGAGAAAUCCUAGAGUUGCAAAAGCAGUGAGCAUGUUGGAAAUAAUUGUAGAAAUGGAAAAGGCUGGAGACUUAAGCGAAGAUAACAUGAAAUGUCUGAAAACUGUUUUUAUAAAUGGACAGCGAAAUGACAUUGUGCAGAAAAUUGAAGAAUUUGAAAAGAAAUGUCGUGACUUCUCGAAGAAUGAGAUUGAGGCACAAAUUGAGAAGAUAUCUUUGGAAGAGUCAGAAAUGAAACCUACACCUAAAACAUCAACAUCCCAACAGGAUACUUCUCAGACGGAUAUUGGUGUGUAUGAACUAAAAAGAAAUCCACAUGGCAAGUGCUUGAUAAUAAAUAAUCACAAUUUCAAAGCAGCCCGGUCUCUCAAACUUAACAUGGAAGACCGUUUUGGAUCACAUAAAGAUACAGAAGCGAUAAAAAGUGUAUUUCACUCACGCAACUAUACCACAGAAGAGCACGACAACUUAACUGGGAAAGAAAUUUUGUCUGUCAUAGAACGAUAUGCCAAAGAGAACCACAACGAGAAAGAUAGUUUUGUUUGCUUCAUCCUCUCCCAUGGGGACACAGGAAUCAUAUAUGGUACAGAUGGAGAAUCUGUAUUACUCAAUACAAUUCUCAGCCAUUUUGAUGGCAAGCAUUGCAGAUCUAUGAUUGGCAAACCAAAGAUUUUCUUCAUUCAAGCUUGCCAAGGUUCAGAUAUACAAAGACCAGUUUAUACUGAUGAUACUGACUCCAGUUCUACUGAAUAUGCAUGUGAUCGUGGGGCAGAGUCUCUUCCAUAUCAUUCAGACUUUCUAACUGUUUUCGCCACUGUUGAAAAUUAUGCUUGUUUAAGGAGUCCCCAAAAUGGUUCCAUUUAUAUUCAACACCUAUGCACGGCCUUAAAGGAUCCCAAGUACUAUGAUACAGAUUUGAUUACAAUCCUUACUUAUCUGAAUGACAAAGUAUCAGGUAAAGAUUUCAAACUCCUGAAAGAGAAUGUCAAACAAAUGCCAUCAUUUAAAUCAGAACUUCGCAAACAGCUGAUUUUACCUGCUCCAGCACAGACAACAGAGCCAUUGGAGCAGGCCCAAGGAGAAUCAUGAGAAAUCAACAGCAAAAAUAAAUACGAGAAAGGCUCAACAUGAUGAACGCAUGUCUCUUUUUCAUCUAUGCAAAUUUUGCAGUUGUUUAUGAAAAUAUCCAUUACUUAAAAUAUUUUUUUUUUUUUUGUAAUUCCUUAUCUCUACAAAGAAAAUAUGGUGUUUUAGGAAAAACAUUUUAAAAUUUAAAAGGAAUAUGACACAUUCCAGGAUUUCUGACUUUUAAUAGUAUGUUGACUAAUCACCCACAUUUAACAAAUAUGUGUUUUGUUAGGUCUGAAAAAUAACAUUAACUAUGGCAUCUACUAUAUCUGAGAACUGUGAACUCUUACAACAGUGAAAUAUCAAAGUGUAAGAAUAUCCACCAGAAAUGACUAUUCCGUGUCAGCUAUUAGAAUAUAAGAAUCAUGGCAAUGAUGUUCCCUGGUGUCAGUGUCCUCUUUCACCAGGAUAAUGCACCCUGCCGCACUGCACAAAAUUGUUAAGGAAUGGUUUGAGGAGCACGACAAAGAAUUCAAGUUCUUGCCUUGGCCUCCAAAUUCCCCAGAUCUUAAUCUGAAUGAGCAUCUGUGGGAUAUGCUGAAACAACAAAUCUGAUCCAUGGAGGCACUACCUCACAACUUGCAGGCCUUCAAUGAUACGCUGCUAAUGUUUUGUGCCAGGUAACACAGGCCAUGUACAGAGGUCUUGUGAAGUCCAUGCCUUGAUACAUCAGAGCUGUUUCGGAAGCAUGAGGGGGACCUACUCGAUAUUAGAAAGUUGGUUUUAAUGUUGUGGCUGAUCAGUGUAUAUCUUACUGAUCCAAUACAUUCCUGACACGGACAUUCUGUUGUGCUCAUACUAAUUUAUAAUGAUCUAAAUUACCCUAUGAAGAUGACUCUCUCUAGCAAACUAUAAUACAAUUCUAACAUGCUGAGGGAAGUGGGCAUCUACAACAAAUACAAAGUACCACCAGUAUUGGCAUUCUCAAUUACAAAAAGAGAAACUGGCUGAUUUUAAUUUUUUGAAAGUUCAACAAUCUCUGCAAAUCUCAUAGAUUUCUCCCACUAAACACGGAAGAUAACAGAACAAAACAGCCAGAUUGGAAAAUAGCUUUGUUUAAUAAUGUUUCCAUUUCAGCUGGUCUUAAAAUUUCAAAUCCCUUUCAAUUGCCCACAAUUACUAAUUUGGUGAAUAUAUCCCUGUGUGUCCAUAAAGCAUACAGUGUUGAGCAAUACGGGUUGAGCAAUAUUUCUACCCUAACCUUUUUCUUAAAUUGGUUUUAAAGCAUUGGAAACAAAGAUUCUGUGAUUUUUGGUCCUUGCAUUUGUCAAAUUAUGCUGCUGAGUCCUGCAUGUGCCUUUUGUUGACCCUACAUUGUUCAAUAUACAAAAUAUAAUAUUAUAAUUCGCCUGAAUAUACUCACAGUUACUGAGAGUGUGAAUACCAAAACAGAAACGUGGCACAUAUAUAUAUAUAU